CGUAGUCGACAAUGCCCUUUCGCGCGAAGCAGAAACCUCCUGGCGCGUGUCCAGCACCGACGCUGCCUCCGGGACCGUGACCCUCCGCACCCUGGGCAUCUCCAUCGCCCGCGAAACCAAAUCCAAGCUCUUCUCGGGGUCGGGGUCUACAUCCACCGAACGAGACAGAACACUCACCUCUGCAGGAGUGACCCCCUUCUCCCGCUCCCCGGAAAGCAAAUUCUUUGUCCUCUCCGCCCGCAUCUCCUUCCCCUCGUCCGCUAGGGACUCUGCCCUGCAAUCUGGUUUCCAGAUCUUGUCAUCUGACGAGGAACACACGAGUAUAUACUACCAGUUUUCUAACGAGUCAAUCGUUGUGGACAGGAGUAAGACCAGCGCUGCUUCCCGCACCACGGAGGGGAUCGAUAGCGCUACUGAAGCGGGGAAGUUGCGGUUGUUUGAUCUCCAGAAGGAUGGGGAGGACGUUCUCGAGAGUCUCGAUUUGACAAUCGUGGUGGAUAAUUCGAUUCUAGAGGUUUAUGCCAAUGGAAGGUUUGCGUUGAGUACGUGGGUUAGGUCAUGGUAUGCCAAUUCGACGGAGAUUCGCUUCGUGCAUAAUGGCGUCGGGGAGGCGACGUUCGAGAAUGUUACCGUGUCCGAGGGGUUGUAUGAUGCUUGGCCGGAUCGGAAGUAA